CCACUGCCUUCACUUGCCCCCAAAAACACACUCGCAUAUCCACCACCACCACCACCACCUCCUCCUCCUCCUCCUUGCAUGUCUGAUCGAAAGGGAAGCUGAUGAAGAAGUAAACGAGAAUAGGGCAGCAGCAGCAGCAGGAGGGGGGGUCUUAUUUUCUUAUGAGCGGAAAAGGCGUCACACCGGGCGCAGAGCGCAGCAGCGCGGAGGACGUAAGAGAGGGAGACGCAUCACGGCGAGGGAGAUAGAAAAAGACCGAGGGAGGAGGCGCCAGCGGAUCGUAAACACGACAGAAAACGGCGAGUAGGACGGGCAGAAAGCGGCGACCACCCUCUCCACCGCCGACCCCCGUGUCCCUCCUCAUCUCUCCAUCUCCAUCCCUUUUCUGCGUCGUUUGGCUCAUCCCUUCGCAAAGCAGCGCGGAUUUUUUUUUUCUUCUUGAUUUUAAUCUCUUUUUUUUUCUUCUUUUUUUUAUUAUUUUUUUGUGGUCAAAUCUCUGCUCGGUCUAUCGUAGAAUUUUAAAACACCCGAGGCAAGUGAGGAGGCUGUGCCAUAGGCUACGACCGACGGGAUCCACUGUAGGUCCUGCUCGGGACGAUCAUCGGCGCAACCAAUUCGGUGGAUAAAACCGGAGGUGGUGAAGGGGAGGGUAUGGGGGGGUAGGUGACUGUCGAGUAACCCGGCUGAAGCACACAGAGAGAUAGAGAUAGAGAGAGAGAGAGAGACCCCGGCCCCCCGGUUAUCACGGAGACUCCAGCAUCAUCAGUGCGAUGGCAUAGCGGCUUCUGCAGCAAAGCUACCAGAUCAGCAGGGCUCUCAUCCACCAUGAACCUCUGAAAGACAUCCGACACAGGCACAGAUGGGCAGCCUCGCAGGGGAGAGGAAGGUUGCGACAAUAGACUGGCAACGACUGGUGACAUGAGCACAUUGGAAUAAUUUCUACAAUCAUGUCUUGGCUUAGAGGUACCUGGGCCUCCCUGAAUCCACAGCAAGCACCCACACGAUGCCUGCGGUUACUCUGUUUGAUGAAAAUGCGGCGGCACAGGGUGUUCUUGUUCUGCACAGUGGGCCUGUGCGUCAUCUCCUUCCUCCACUACUACAAGGCCCUCCACUACGUCUCCCUGCUGCGCGAGCUCUCCGCCCCGUACCCCAACAUCAAGUCCUUCAUCAUGGUCACUGGCUUCUUCUGGAGGGAGAAAGGCGCGGCCACCACCCCGCUAAGCCCCGCCUCCCCGAAGAGCCCUCCCCUAGGAGGAGGAGGAGGUGGAGGGAUGGGCCUGGGGAUUGGGGGAGUCUUGGUUGGAGGUGCUGGGAUCGUUGGCGGCGCAGGCCUGGAGAUGAAGAUAAGGGGGGAACCGGCGCCCCCUCACCCUUGGGAGAACAUGGUGGAGCACAAGAGGGGAGACACUCUGAAUGAGGGGAGAGCUGAAGACCAAUUGAAGCAGCAAAAUCCCAACCACCUAGCCGGACCCAACCUCCCAGAGGUCCCGUUAGUGGGAAAAGAGCACCGGCACAAGAUUGUAUUGCCUGAUCCCUUAGAAAUAAUGGGUGACCUCCACACUGUCACUCACAAGCUUCAAGAUGACAAAACACCUUACUUUAUCCAAACCAAAGUUGGAGCCCGUUGUUUUAGGCAGGGGACUGAGGUGGCUACCCAAAAGGAGUACUCUGGGAAAUCGGGGGGGUCUGUGGCAAAUGGAGUAGGGGACGGUGCUCGAGCAGCUGGGCAAAGGAAACCUCUGGAGGUCCAGCAGCAGCCCUCCAUAGCUCCAAAAGCCAAGACCAAGGUCAGGGGCAACGGGAAGCGGCUGGUAAAGUGUGUAUGUCGGCAGGGAUGGCAUGGACCUUACUGUGGGGUACCCACCAUGGUGUAUCACUCCAAUUUGCCCACCAAGGAGCGGCUGACGCCCAGGGACACCCCGCGGAGGGUGAUCAACGCCAUCAACGUUAACCACGAGUUUGACCUGCUGCAUGUACGCUUUCAUGAGCUUGCCCAAGCAGUUGAUCUUUUCCUCGUCUGUGAAUCCAACUUUACUGCCUAUGGAGAGAGACGGCCUCUGAGUUUUCUGCGGCUCCUUCUCAAUGGUACGUACGACUACAUACGUCACAAGAUCCUGUACGUGUUCCUCGACCACUUCCCAGAGGGCGGUCGGCAGGACGGCUGGAUCGCCGAUGACUACUUGCGUACCUACCUGACACGGAAUGGCUUGUCCAGGGUGGUGGGCAUAAGAUCGGACGACGUCUUCGUCAUCAACGACGCGGAUGAAAUCCCAGCACAUGAGGGCCUCCUUUUCCUCAAGCUGUUUGAUGGCUGGACGGAGCCUUUCGCCAUCCACAUGCGCAAGUCCCUGUAUGGUUUUUUCUGGAAGCAGUUUGGCUCUCUAGAGGUAGUAUCAGGCUGCACAUUGGGGAUGCUCCGCGACGUCUAUGAUGGCGACGGCAUCAAGCUCCGCCGACGCGAAUACUACACCAUGCCGGGUUUCCGAAAGUACGAGAACGACACGGGCCACAUCCUGGUACAGUGGUCGGUGGGCAGCCCCUUCCACUUCGCCGGGUGGCACUGCUCCUGGUGCUUCACGCCCGAGGGGAUCUACUUCAAGCUGGUGUCAGCUCAGAACGGAGACUUCCCGCGGUGGGGUGACUAUGAGGACAAGCGUGACCUCAACUACAUCCGCGAUCUGAUCCGGACGGGGGGCUGGUUUGAUGGCUCCGUGCAGGAAUACCCCCCUGUGGACCCCAAAGAGCACAUGUACGCCCCCAAGUACAUGCUGGAGCACUAUAAAAGGUACCACUACCUACUGGAGAACCCUUACAAUAAAAAAUACCAGACUGAGUGAGGGCUAGAAGUUCAGCGAGGAAAAGAUCCGCGAAAUAACUAAUAGGACCCAAAUAUGGCCUCAGCAUUGAGUUUUUUGGGGGCAGAAUGGUGUUGAUGAACAACAUUUCUCAUUGGAGCGAUGUGACAUGUAUCUCCACCAGGCAGCACUGAUGUUGCAGGGACUCAAAAUCUCUUAAAGUCAUUAUUUUGGGGGGUCAAAAAAGGGAACACUGAAUCGCAUCCACCACGGAUUUACGGCCAGAUAUCAUUGAGAGGUUACAAACACUGGAUAAACAAAAUCAUGCAUUUUCUCAUUCCUCCCUUUUUGGGGGAGGAGCGAAGCUAUCUCUUUUUCCCC